CACUAGCCUCAAGAGCAAUCGACAGAGCUCGAGUUGAAGUGUAUUUAAGUGGCGAUGUUAGCGGCGGCAGAUCAGUCAAGCAUUUGACGUCGUCGAAAAGUGAGCGCGUCGCAUUCGCAAAUAUUUUUCCGAUUUCUACUCAAAAAUGACACGACUGCUGCGUUUCAUGAUCUUGACGAUCGCGCUUCCCGCCUGUUUUGCGCUCAGGAUCCAGCCGCGCAGCUCCUGGCAUGCGGUGUCCGCUCGCUCGCCCGCACGCAUACCCGGAAAGGUCGACUAUGUCAUCAUUCAUCAUUCAGACAAUCCGAAUGGCUGCAGCACCGAGACGGAGUGCAAGCGCCUCAUCAAGAACAUCCAGACCGAUCACAAGGAGCGCCGCAAGUUCAGCGAUAUCGGCUAUAACUUCAUCAUUGCCGGCGAUGGCAACAUCUAUGAGGGUCGUGGCUUCGGCUUGCAGGGUUCGCACGCACCCAGCUACAACCGCAACAGCAUUGGCAUUGUCUUCAUCGGCAAUUUCGAAAAUACGACGCCCUCGCAGACAAUGCUGCAGAACGCCAAAGACCUGAUGGCACAUGCGGUGCAAAAGGGUUAUCUGAAGGACAAUUACACACUGCUGGGUCACAGACAAACCAAGGCGACUGCCUGCCCGGGUCAGCGUUUGUACGACGAAAUCAAAACUUGGCCCCAUUGGAAGAGUCUCUGAAUGCCGCUCUCGAUGGCGUUAGUGUCAAGCAUGUGAUGAAAAUGAUUGUAUUUUGUACUAUUAUAAAUUAUAUAGUUAAUUAGUUAAACACAGAUAA